GACUCGGCCUGUGCAGGGGAGUUGUUUGGCGGAGCGCGCAAGUUUUUCUUUACUUUUAACAUUUCAUUUUUAAUUUCCGCACACACGCCUCAACUACUCAUUGUUUUUCCUCGCUUAACUCUCGCACUUUCCGCCCCGAACCUUCUAGACGUCGCGGUGGUCGCGGCGGUAAAACGGCAACUCUCCACAAGGCGAGACGGAAGGGGAAGCAUCGGCUCACCGCGGCGGGCUUGAGGGGAUGAUGCCGACGUUGCGGGACAGCAUCAUGUCCCAGUCCGGGGAGAAUUCGCACCAAGUCCGGGUGAAAGCCUACUACAAAGGGGACAUCAUGAUCACGCACUUUGAGCCAUCCAUAUCCUACGAAGGCCUGUACGGAGAAGUCAAGGACAUGUGCUCCAUGGACAACGACCAGCUCUUCACCAUGAAGUGGAUAGAUGAAGAAGGUGACCCGUGCACUGUGUCGUCUCAGCUGGAGCUGGAAGAAGCUCUGCGCCUCUACGAGCUAAACAAAGACUCAGAGCUCAUUAUUCACGUGUUCCCAUGUGUGCCAGAGAAACCCGGCAUGCCAUGUCCCGGGGAAGACAAGUCCAUAUAUCGGCGAGGAGCGAGGCGCUGGAGGAAGCUCUACUACGCCAGCGGCCACGCCUUUCAGGCCAAACGCUUUAACAGGAGAGCGCAUUGUGCCAUCUGCACAGACAGAAUCUGGGGUCUGGGCCGACAGGGCUACAAGUGCAUCAACUGCAAAUUGCUGGUGCACAAGAAGUGCCAUAAACUGGUCACCGUGGAAUGCGGGCGGCCGAUGAUCCAGGAACCAAUCAUGCCUGGACAACCAUCACAUCUGUCAGACCACACAGAACAGCCAGGCCCUCAGAAUAAAGACUCGAGAGAAAGCUUGACUUACGAUGGAGAGGAGAAAGAGGCGCGGAACAGCCGAGACACGGGCAAGUCGCCCUCGAGCCUGGGCUUGGCAGACUUCGACCUGCUGCGGGUGAUUGGGCGCGGCAGCUACGCCAAAGUGCUGCUGGUGCAGCUGAAAAAGACGGAACGCAUCUACGCCAUGAAGGUCGUCAAAAAGGAGCUUGUCAAUGACGACGAGGACAUCGACUGGGUUCAGACAGAAAAACACGUUUUUGAGCAGGCUUCGAAUCACCCCUUCCUUGUCGGCCUGCAUUCCUGCUUCCAGACAGAAAGCAGACUCUUUUUUGUUAUUGAAUAUGUGAACGGCGGCGAUCUCAUGUUCCACAUGCAGCGACAAAGAAAACUUCCGGAAGAACACGCCAGAUUCUAUUCGGCAGAGAUCAGUCUAGCGCUCAACUACCUCCACGAACGGGGCAUCAUCUACAGAGAUCUGAAACUGGACAACGUGCUGCUGGACUCCGAGGGACAUAUCAAACUUACGGACUACGGCAUGUGCAAAGAGGGCUUGAGACCGGGCGACACAACAAGCACUUUCUGUGGCACCCCCAAUUACAUUGCCCCUGAAAUACUGCGAGGAGAGGAUUACGGCUUCAGCGUGGACUGGUGGGCGCUGGGUGUGCUGAUGUUCGAGAUGAUGGCGGGCCGGUCGCCUUUUGACAUCGUAGGGAGCUCCGACAAUCCUGAUCAGAACACAGAAGACUACCUCUUCCAAGUCAUAUUGGAAAAACAGAUCAGAAUUCCCCGCUCGCUGUCAGUCAAAGCUGCCAGCGUACUCAAGGGAUUCCUCAAUAAGGACCCCAAGGAGCGUCUGGGCUGCCAGCCUCUGACGGGCUUCGCUGACAUCAUGGGCCACCCCUUCUUCAGAAACGUUGAAUGGGACCUUCUGGAGCAAAAGCAGGUGGUCCCUCCAUUCAAACCCAACAUCUCCGGCGAAUUCGGGCUGGACAACUUCGACGCCCAGUUCACCAACGAGCCCAUCCAGCUGACGCCUGAUGACGAUGACGUGGUGAAGAAGAUCGACCAGUCCGAGUUUGAAGGAUUUGAAUACAUAAACCCGCUCUUGAUGUCGGCCGAGGAGUGUGUGUGACGGGAGCCCCCCCCCCCCCCACACACACACACACACACACUUAUCUCAGUGUCUUCAUGCUGCGUUGGCGACAUCCAUGGUUUUUCUGCCAAAACACGAGUGUCACACUUUAGUUCUAACCACAUGUCCUUAAGUCUAUUUUUCUCUUCCUGAAUUAUUUUUAUAUCAUAUAAAAAGUGCACUGAUGUCAUGGUGUCAUGGAGCGGGGGGGAGGGGGUGGAUGGAGAUGGCAAUGGCCUCUUUUACAAAAGUUCUUCCAAGGUUACUGGACUGUAUGUCGGAACGGAGCCUGUCACAGGAAGUGAGCGUCCAUUCUCACCUCGCGGGCUGCUUUCAGUUCUUAUUUUAUUUGUACAUACAUUUAUGAAACUGCUGUUGCGGAGAAAUGUUAGACAAAGUUGUUGUUUUUUCGCUCCAAAAAAAAAAAAAGCUCUCUGGCAUCAAUUCCUUACACUAGCCUUUAAAAUAAACAGAUGCAAAUAUAUAUUUUUAUUUCUAUAUAUAUAUAUAUAUAUAAAUGUGUAUGUAUGUAUAUGUUGUCCUAAGUGUGAGGAUCACACACACAAAAAGUCAUCUUUAUUCCUGCUAGUUGGAGCACUAAGGCUAGAAAUACUGUGAACUAAACAGCUCAAACCUUCAUACAGGACCAAAAUAAACAUGUGUUGCUGGUA